CACCCUGCUGUCCCGGUCCAAGGCUGGCAAUAGGCUACCUGUCUUGUAGGCCAUCUGCUCUAGGGUCCUGGCACUGCAGGUACCAUCUCCUCUGGCUCAGCCAGGGCACAGCCUUGCUAGCUCCACCCUGGGCUGAUGGGACGGGUCUGCAGGGAGGCAUUGCCAGAGCAGUACCGGACGAUCUUGCAAGCUUCUAGUGUGGGACUGGGGCUGCGAUUGUGCAGGAGAGUUGCUGAGGGGCUGGAUGUGUAGGUGGAUGAUUUUCAGAGCCCAGGCUGCUCUGUGCCUCAGUUUCCCCUCUCUGACCCAGGGGGCUGCAGAGCCCACCCGCAGCCAUACGGGACUUGUGCGUCCUGCCUAGCUGAGGGCUGGACAGUCUCUGGGUCCACACUCCACUCAUUGGGAGCCCCCACCCAUGCACCCAGGCACUUGCCUUGGCCUAAAGCAUCAUCCAAAGAGGCUCUGGGCUGCUCGGCAAGGCUUCAAGGCUUCCCCCCUGUCCCCAGGAUACAAGACGCUGCUGAAAUGCCUAAGUGGGAAGUUUUGCAGGCGUGAGCUCAUCGGGAUCAUGGGUCCCUCGGGCGCCGGGAAGUCCACGCUCAUGAAUAUCCUGGCCGGGUACAGGGAGACGGGGAUGAAGGGGCAGAUCCUGGUGAACGGGCGGCCACGGGACCUGCGCACCUUCCGCAAGAUGUCCUGCUACAUCAUGCAGGACGACAUGCUGUUGCCCCACCUCACCGUGCUGGAGGCCAUGAUGGUCUCUGCUAACCUGAAGCUGAGCGAGAAGCAAGAGGUGAAGAAGGAGCUGGUGAACGAGAUCCUGACAGCGCUGGGGCUGCUGGAGUGCUCCUACACCCGCACCAUGUCGCUGUCCGGGGGCCAGUGCAAGCGCCUCGCCAUUGCCCUCGAGCUCGUAAACAACCCCCCGGUCAUGUUCUUCGACGAGCCCACCAGCGGCCUGGACAGCGCCUCCUGCUUCCAGGUGGUCUCCCUCAUGCGGUCCCUGGCCCAGGGCGGCCGCACCAUCAUCUGCACCAUCCACCAGCCCAGCGCCAAGCUCUUUGAGAUGUUUGACAAGCUCUACAUCCUGAGCCAGGGCCAGUGCAUCUUCAAGGGGGUGGUGACCAACCUCAUCCCAUACCUGAAGGGGCUGGGCCUGUACUGUCCCACCUACCACAACCCUGCCGACUUCAUUAUUGAGGUGGCCUCGGGCGAGUACGGAGACCUCAACCCCGUCCUGUUCCGCGCCGUCCAGAACGGGAUGUGCACCAUGGUCGAGAAGAAGAGCAGCCCCGACAAGAACGAUCCCUCGUGCCCGGCCCACUGCCUGACGGACGUGGAUCACAUCGAGAGCCACACAUUCGCCACCAGCACCACGACCCAGUUCUGCAUCCUCUUCAAGCGAACCUUCAUGUGCAUCCUGAGAGACACCGUCCUGACGCACCUGCGCUUCAUGUCGCACGUCUGCAUUGGGGUGCUCAUCGGGCUGCUCUACCUGCACAUCGGCAACGAUGCCAGCAAGGUCUUCAACAACACUGGCUUCCUCUUCUUCUCCAUGCUCUUCCUCAUGUUUGCUGCGCUGAUGCCCACCGUCCUCACCUUCCCCCUGGAGAUGUCCGUGUUCCUGAGAGAGCACCUCAACUACUGGUACAGCCUGAAGGCCUAUUACCUGGCCAAGACCAUGGCAGAUGUGCCCUUCCAGGUGAUUUGCCCCAUCGCCUACUGCAGCAUCGUGUACUGGAUGACGGGCCAGCCCCCCGAGGCCACGCGCUUCCUCCUCUUCUCUGCCCUGGCCACCUCCACCGCCCUGGUGGCCCAGUCCCUGGGGCUCCUCAUCGGAGCUGCCUCCACCUCCUUGCAGGUGGCCACAUUCGUGGGGCCGGUCACUGCCAUCCCCGUCCUGCUCUUCUCAGGCUUCUUCGUCAGCUUCAAGACCAUCCCCACGUACCUGCAGUGGAGCUCCUACGUCUCCUACGUCAGGUAUGGCUUUGAGGGCGUCAUCCUCACCAUUUAUGCCAUGGGGCGUGAGGAUCUGGAGUGCCAGGAGGAUUUCUGCCCCUUCAAGGAACCCGCCCGCAUUCUGCAGGAGCUGGAUGUCGAGGAGGCCAAGCUCUACCUGGACUUCAUUGUCCUGGGCAUCUUCUUCCUCGUCCUGCGGCUCCUGGCAUACUUGGUGCUCCGCUACAAGGUGAAGUCGGAGAGAUAAAGGGUCCCUGGGCCGGACGCCUUCCCCAGACCGGAGCUGCCGCGGCACGGACAAUCCCGCUGGACACGGUCCCUGCGGUUGGACUGGUGCCGCCCGGCCCGGCACAGUCGAGAAGGAUUUUGCGACGUCUCGGAACUGUUUUAACCUUUCCACGCGCCUCAUUGCCGAAGUUUUGUACAGAUCUGGAAUGCGUCAUGCCCCUCCCCUGCCCCCCAGCCAUGGAUUUGGGAUCCCUUCCUCACGCCGGCCCUCUCU